AUGCGCAUCGUUGGGGCUCUCCAUCCGUAUUUGCAACGAGUACGCAAGCGGCAGAGGCUUGGACGCAAAAGGAGAGCAAAAAAACGCAUGGCGAAAAGUCGGUCGCUUCGAUGGACAAAGCCUCGAUGGCGAAACCAAAAAUUUGCGGCGCCGCUGGUCGCGCUGAGUUUGGAAUACGUGCAUCAAAGAUUGCAGCCAUGCCAAAAGGUACCUCCAAUCUCGGAUCCUGCCGUUCGACUUGGGCUGGCCACCUUCACGACUCUAUUCAUCUUUUGUCACCUUUCACCUUGCUUCACGCUGUUACCGGUGGUCGGAUCAAGGAGCUCGGCUCCCAACAUGUGGGAAUGGAUGCUUAUCGUCAGGAAGCCGAUGUUCGAAUCGCCCACCGCCUCGGCUCGACUCGACUAUCGUGCAGAAAUUGAGUUCGAUUCCGACCAGCCUAAGCUGUGA